UCUGUGCCUUUCCCUGUGAAGCUGGGGUUUCUGUGCUGUCCCCACAGCAGUCAGCCCUAGGAAUGCUGCAAUCUGCAGCUGUCCCUGUGUCUGCUCCUGGAGCAGCAAUACCAAAGCGGGGAAUGGGACCCCUUCCCACAUGCUACAGGCUCGAGUAAAAGAGCAUAGCUUUAUGCGACGUAUCACUUCUGUGCAGGUGUCACCACAGGUGUGUGAGGUCAGUGCUCACGCUGGGUCCCUGCAUAGGAGAAAACAUCCCUUCCUGCUUGUGCUGCAGGGCGAGCAUGGGGACUGCAUGUCCCCAGAUGCAGGCAGUGCUGUGUAACACAGGUUCAUAUGAGGGGCAGAGCAUGCCCCUCUUGUGCAUGUCCACACCAGCAUGGGGACCUUAUUCACCCCACUACUGCCUGGGGAACCGCAAAGGAAGCUCUAGGACUCCACCAAAAUGAGCUGGGCACUAGGGUGCAGAGGGAGGCCCUGUUUGGGGUCACUCCUGUCCCUGUGGGGAACCACUUGAAAUGGGCACAGUCCCAUCCCCAGCCCCAACGCAGGUACACACAGCACCAGGGCAGGAUGGCUUCCCCUGGGGAUAUGCAGGCACCAAGACCCCUUGUUGGGGCUGUGUGACGCCAGAAGCGGAGAUAAGCCUCAUAUUUGGGCAUGAAGCAGGUUAUUGGAGGCUGAGCCCCGGCAGGCGGCAGAUAACCCUGCUGAUAACGGCUCCCACCGUACAUCGCCAUCCCCAUUGGCUCCUGCCACCAGGGGCUGCCUAUAUCUCCCCCUCCCUGUCCCAUGCUGCAUACUGGGCCUGUGUGGCAUGAUGGUGCCUGCCAGGGUGCUGGGGCUGCUCCUCUGCGUGCAGCUCUGCAUGGGCAGCGAGGUGCUGCGGCUGGUGGAUGGCGGUGGGCGUUGUGCCGGUCGGGUGGAGGUGAAGCACGAGGGAGAAUGGGGCUCCGUCUGCACCUACGACAUCGACUGGGACGCGCAACGGGCCAGCGUGGUGUGCCGGCAGCUGGGCUGUGGCAAGGUGGCCCAUACAUCCUCGUAUUUCCCAUUUGGGCAGGGCCAGGGACGCAUCUGGCUGCAUCUCUAUUGCCGAGGCAAUGAGGCCACCGUGCAGGACUGCUCCCACUUUGGCUGGGGCAAGCACUUCUGUGGCCACGAGUGGGACGUGGGAGUGAUCUGCACAGAGGCACUGGAGCUGCGACUGGUGGACGGCAGGGGACCCUGCGAGGGGAGAGUGGAGGUGAAGCUGCGGGGACGCUGGGGCACGGUGUAUGAUGAUGCCUGGAACAUGAAUGAUGCCGAGGUGGUGUGCCAGCAGCUGGGCUGUGGCUCGGCUGCUGACACGGAGUUUACCUCGCAAGAUUUGCAAGUCAGGCAUCCCAUAAUGUUGGCCUAUAUCAACUGCAAUGGGAAUGAGAAGACCAUCUGGGACUGCAGCAUUAAGGGCUGGGGCCCCUACAAUGCCACUCGUGAUUUUAACGCCACUGUGGUCUGCCAAGGGUUCUCCCGGCUGGCCGGAGGGGACAGCGCCUGCUCGGGGCGGCUGGAGGUGCGGCAUAACCAGGCCUGGGUCAGCAUCUGCCACAGCCAUGUGGACCUCAUGGCCGCCCAGGUCGUCUGCAGGGAGCUGGGCUGCGGUACAGUGCUGGCACUACCCGGGGCUGGGCAUUUUGGAGCAGCAGCGGGGCCAUUCUGGGAUGGUGCCUUUGAGUGCAAUGGCACCGAGCCGCUCCUGUCUGCUUGCACACGGCAGCCUCCCCACAUCCAGAACUGCUCUCAACCUGCUGCCAUCAUCUGCUCUCCCUACACUGGGUUCCGGCUGGCAGAUGGAGACUCGGGCUGUGAUGGCCGGGUAGAAAUGGAGGCAGGAGGGGUGUGGAGGCCACUGUGUGCCACUGCCUGGGACCUGCCCGAUGCCCACGUCCUCUGCCGCCACCUGGGCUGUGGCUCCGCCAUCUCCCUGCCCCCACCAGGCCAAUUUGGGACAGGGACAGGGAUGUUGCUCCACGAUGCCCUCAGCUGCAGCGGGAGCGAGCGGCACCCAGGCGAGUGCCCCGUGGAGGUGCUGGGGCAGCCCCCCUGCCCCCAUGGGCACACCGCAGCUGUCAACUGCUCAGGUGUCACUGAGCCCCUGCGGCUCCACGAUGGGGAGAGCCAGUGCGACGGACAGCUGGAGGUGGCCAUGCGCCCCGGUAUCUGGGCCCGUGUGUCUGUGGGGCUGUGGGACAAUGGCACUGCCACCGUGGCGUGCCGGCAGCUGGGCUGCGGUGUGCCUGAGAAAAUCUAUGCUGUGCCAGCCACCGGCUUGGGCCUCAUGCAGUUGCAGGAGCUGCAGUGUGUUGGCACCGAGGAGCUCCUGGCACAGUGUAACACCUCCAGGACAGCCACCGAGCCCAGCCACAACCCCAAGGAGUUGAGCAUAGCCUGCUCAGGUAGCCGGCGGUUGAGGCUGGCAGGAGGCCCCGGGCGCUGCGCCGGCAGGGUGGAGGUGUACAGCGAGGGCACCUGGGGCACCGUCUGCCAGGACACCUGGACCCUGCAGGAUGCCACCGUUGUCUGCCGCCAGCUGGGCUGUGGAUGGGCCCUGGAGGCACCUGGCACUGAGCGCUUUGGGCCUGGCACUGGGACGCUCUGGUCAGGUGCUGGGGUCUGCUCUGGGGUGGAAGAUGCUCUCUGGCACUGCCCGGCCCCAGUGCAGCAUGGCUGCCGGCGUGGUGGUGGUGCGGGUGCCGUGUGCUCAGGGCUGCUGGACCUGCAGCUGACAGGGGAAAGCAGCAGAUGCAGAGGGCACCUGGAGGUGCAGCGUGAGGGGACAUGGGGUCGUGUUUGCGCCAAUGGCACCAGCCUCGCCACAGCCGCUGCCGUCUGCCACCAGCUGGGAUGCGGCACUGGGGGGAGUCUGGAGGCUGUCCCUGCACAGGGCUCAGAUCCUGCCUGGCUGAGCUGGGUGAGUUGUGAGGAGGGGGCCCGCUCGCUCUGGCGCUGCCCGUCAGCGCCCUGGCAGCUGCAGGAAUGCGACCCCACCGGGAUCACCUACAUCGCGUGUGAUCAGGACACCAGGGACAGGAGUGAGGCCACCAGCCCAGCCCCAGCUCUCACCCACAGCGUUGACCCGCUGACAGAAGCACCAAGGAGCGUGUCCGCACUCACAGUGUUGUGCGUGAUCCUGGGGAUGCUGCUGUGCCUGGCCCUGGCCGCCCUGGCUGUGCAGGCACACCGCACACGGGCCCAGUGCCAAGGCCCCAGCAAGGAUGCUGCCUCCGAGGUUGUGUAUGAGGAGCUUGACUACAGCCUGAUGCCCGAGUACCAGGAGGUGCCCAGCCACACAGGUGGGAGCAGGAUGUUCCCCACGGUCUGGGGCUGUCCCCAUCCCCUAUCAAGUCCCCAACACCCUUCCUCCCCUCCAGGCUCCCUGUCCCAUGGCUCAGGAACAAAGCUGUCAAAUCACAGCAGGGAUGGCACUGAGGAGAAUGACCUCCAGGUGUCCCCAGGUAGGGGCACAGGCACAGAGGUGCACAGUGCGGACAGAAAGGCACCGGGCACCCAUUUGAGGGGACAUAGACAAACAGUGCUGAUGGGGAGGCGAGGGCAUGCAGCCCCUCCUGGCUGUGUCCUCACCACCGGCCCCUCCGUGCCUUUCACAGACCCCUCUGCCCAGCCCCAGCACAGACCCUCGCAUGGCUAUGACGAUGCUAUGGCUGUGCCAGAGGUGUACCCCUCUCCCCACACCAGGGAUGUCCUGGCACAGCCCUCCGAUGACACGGGCUAUGACGACAUUGGUGUCAGCGCCCUGGGGACAUCUCUGUGAGCAGGCCCUGGGCACAUGGCUGGAAGAUGGACUUCUGUCCCAAAGAUGGGUUGGCUCUGGCCUUGGCAGCAUCACCUCUCCCUGCCUGGCGCUGCAGAACAGCAGCAAACUGCUCCAUUCUCCUUGCUGCACCUGCAACACAACAGCUUGUCAGCUUUUUCAAAAUUAUUUUCUGUAACUCUUUCCUUAUGAGUAUCACUUCUUUAUUAAAACCCCAAAUCUGUGUGGA